AAACCAAACUUCGUUGCGGCUAUCACAAGGCAAACACUGCCCUCAACUGUGGUGAACGUGGCGAGGGAGAGAAAAGAAGAGAGCCAUUUUUUGAAUGGAGUGAUACAAGGAAACACAGCACUUAUUACUUCCGCAGCAGCAGCUUUAGGACAACAGGGAAAUGGCACUCGUCUCCAAAUCCCUUCCUUCUCACAACGUUGAAAUCAGUUAAUCUUUGCUGCCAACAUCAGCACUCCUCUGCUUUCCCGCCCGGUUAUGUCAGCUGCUUUGAUUUUUUUUUCUUUUUAUAAUUCAAAGAUUCUUCAGCUUUUCAAAAUCAAAUGCCUGUUAUGUCAGAACGAGUGUAUUUCCCUCUUGAUGAACCAUCCUUGCAUAGAAUACUGUUCCUGUCGAGGCGAGGUAUGAAGUCGGAGGUGUCUUUAAUGAGCGCUCCGUAUAUGAUGCUGACUUAGAAUCUAGUUCAGUUUAAUUUAAGUCAGUUGCUUUAUGUCGUACAAUAAGUACAAAGAAAACUUAAAACUAAAGGAAGAAAUUAAAUUUUAGCCGUAAAUAGGGAACUCUAGAAACUUAAAGUGAUAAUCGAAGAACGGCGGCUUCAAGAGGACAUCAAACAGCUUGGAGACGCUAAAACAAGACGUGGAAUUAUUUCACAUCUGUUGAUCGUCGAAGAAAGGAAUCGCUCUAUGUGGUGCUCCUCUGGCUGGGUAUAACAGGCCAAAUAAUGAAGUGCCCACCCCUCCCUGGGUUUGAUCUACCGAGUUUGUGCUACCGCUUUCAUGGGGAAACCGAAACUACGCACCGACCUUGUGCAGUUACGCAUAUUACGUGAGCUACACGUUAGCCUUUUGAAAAAAAGGCUAAUUCGUGAUAAUUCCGCCUGAAUAACUAGGCAGUCGUGCGUACCAACCAGAGGAUGGAUGGUUGCACAGCGGGCGGCAUUUCACAAAGCUCAGUUCAAAUAUGUAGUUGCUGAGUUUGCUGUAACAAAACUAGUCAACGUCUUUGAUGCUUGUUCAUUGAGUAUACUAAAGAAAUUUCAGCUUGUGAUAACCACUGCGAAAAUCGGCGUUGUUUGAUAGAAGAAGAGGUAAGUAAAGUGAAACUUUUUACAAGUAGUGCCGCAGGAAAUGUCGCGAAGAAUCGCGUGAUUUUUGCGACAUUUAAUUGUGUAUUAAUUGGCCCAUGCAUACUGGGAGGCGUUUUUAUAAAAUUAGGAUAUGAUACGAUUCCAGGUUUGAAGUUAUAAGAGUUGUUGAGUUAAAAAAUGCAUUUCCUCGAAAAGAUCGAAAAACAAUUUGUCAUAUAUUGUAAGCAAAGGGGUCUGUGAUGAAUUAUUUGUAACGACAAAAAGAGUUGUUGAAUGAAAAAAAUACAUCUCAUUUAGAGCUGUAAGGACUUGGAAAUUUUCUGGCAUUUCGGUGUAAGUAAGGGGCUCUGCCUUCAGUUACCGAGUCGUACGGCUAAACAUAGUCGCUGUCGAGUCGACAUGCAGAAACAGAGGAGUGAAUUAACAUCAAGGAAAGUUGGAGUGAAAUUUUAUAACUUUUAUCGUAUUACUGAGGAAUACCUAGUCUGCCUAUACUAUUGUGUUGUAUUUAAACGUUCUCCUUGCACCAGUAGGGAGAACAUUACUUGUUGUGGUGGUAAUAUUGGUUCUCUGAUAACUACCCAAAGUGGGUGACGUCACGUCUCAGCGAUCUUUGAAAAGGAGGACCGUUGAACUUUUGUUCGCCAUCCAUCGAGAAAUGUGCAAAUUUUUUAAGAACACAUUCUUUAAUAUGUACACCUUUAUGUCAACAGAGAUCAAAACUAUUUUAAAUAGCACUCGUCUCCAAAUCCCUCCCUUCCCACAACGUUGAAUUAUUCUUUGCUGCCAACAACGGCACUGCUUUUCUGCCUCAUUACGUCAGCUGCUUUGAUGUUUUUUUUUUUUCAUUUUAUAAUUUAAAGAUUCUUCAGUUAGCUUUUCAAAAUCAAAUGCCUGUUAUGUCGUCAUGACUGUAUUCCAUUUCGUAGUGUCCACUAAAUGAACCAUGUCUGUUAAUCGUCGAAGAAAGGAAUCGCACUAUAUGUCAUGCUCCUGACCAGCUGGGUAUAAAUCAGUAAAAACAAGAAAUCACUGACGAGUGUGGCCGCAAGAAAUUUUAUGUAUCAUUGUUGAAGUCCUUUAACGGAACAACACUGUUGACUGUUUAAUUGACUGUUGACUUUUCAUGAAUUGUUUUAAAUUUUACAGACAAAUUAAAGAACUGAUCCUCUGCCCGCAGUGUGGAGGCGAGCAGUAGGUACUUGUAUAUUAUAUACAAAUACAAAGCUCAAAAAAGAAAAUUAAAUUAUUAAUAAGUUUACAAUUAUGUAUAUUGUAAAAUAAAAAAAUUGCAAGUAUGAGAAGCCGAGUUCUUAAGAGAUUUUCGUUAUUAGUCAAGUAAAUCAAUAUAAUCAUCUCCUCUCCUUCAACUUGUUGUUCUCAACCUUCAGUGAUUAAACCGUUGCUUUUGCCAUUUUAUUUGCUUUUUUUAAAGCCUUCUGUCACAAAAUUAGGUCAACAUUUCAGGAGCUCGGAAAACUAAGUCCGUAUCCUACGCUCAAAUCUCUACCAAGUUAUUGACAAUCGAUUAUUUAGGCUUGAUUGCUGAAAUAUUUAGACUUUGAUCAGCCUUGGGGGGCAUUCAAAGGGAGUUUGGGUACUAGGUGUACCGCCGAGUCCUUUUGGCAACAAAAAUGACUCAUUUCGCUUCCUUGUUUAAAGCAAAAGGUCUAAUUUGAAUUCACGACCCUGGUUCAUUUCGUGAAAUUGUAUAACCUAGUUGUUUAAGACUCAUGGCCUUGAAAACCGGCAUACUCUGUUCAGCAACACAUACCCGUCUAGGCCAAAUAAGUUAGUGCCCAACCCACCCCACCCCGGGCUUGAUCAAUAAUGCUUACAUCUUCUGUAAUAAACCAAACUUCGUUACGGCUAUGACAAGGCGAACACUGCCCUCAAAUGUACUGAACAUGACGAGGGAAAAAAAGAAGAGAGCCCCCAAAUAGUGCUACUGCUUUCAAAGAGAAACUAAAACUGACUACGCACCGACUUUGUGAGUGCAGUUACGCAUAUCACGUGAGCUACACGUUGGCCUUUUGAAAAAAAAAGAGCCUGAAGCUGUUCGCUUUAAUAUCCAGGGCUUUUUUUUUCUCGUGAUAAUUCCGUGUAGCAAGGCAGUCGUGCGUACCAGCCUAGGGAUGGAUGAUUGCGCAGCGGGCGGCAUUUCACAGCACUCAGUUUAAUAUCAGUAGUUGCUGUAACAAGACGAGUCAACUUCUUGGAAGCUUGUUGA